GACGCCAAGAAUUACAGAUGAUCCGACCGUAGAAAUAGAGGAGAAACAACGUGAACACAACACAAAGCACCGUUCACGUUCAGCCUUCAAAUGUUCGUUUUUUCUUUCAGUUGUAUUCGAGGAAAAUAAACGAAAUGUCUCAGAACAGUCUUCAUGGCAAGUGGGCUGUCUCCAGCAGUGAUGAUGACGACGGCGAGGAGCUCCCUUCAUCCAAGACGGUAUCAUCAGCUCACCCGACCGGAGUGACGGACAGCUACCAAAACACCCGUCCGUCCGUCUCAUCCCAGAGCUCCAAUCAGAUUUACCACGCCCCCUUGUCCCCUGAUACAGUCACAGAGGUGAAGGAAGAACCUGAUGGUCCCUUCCAUUUCCCGGGGUUGAAACCUGAUGUGAAAGCGGAAGCAGAUGUGAAGCCAGUUUGUCCAAACACAGCACGCGACAGCCAGUCAAAUCCAGGGAAGUAUGAAUCACCUCUCAGUGGAAAGAGGAAAAAGGACCAGGAGGAGUCUGGCUGGGCUCUCUCUGAUAGUGACGGUGAUGAUGAUGCUGUGGGUCUUGGCAAUAAGGCCAACAAUCCAACCAGCAGGCGUGCUCCGAGCCCCAAAGCCAAGAAACCGAAGGUGGACGAGCGGCCCCCUAGUCCCUACGGCCGUCAGUACUACAUCGAGGAGACAGAUGAUUUCUUUGAAACCCAUGUGCCAUGUCUUAAUGACACGUACAGGUUCUACCUCAACAAGGUGACCGGGCUCGACAAGACGUACAACACUGGUGCUUUGCAUAUCAGAGAUAUCCUCUCCCCCCUGUUCGGGACAUUAAAGGAAUCCGUUCAGUUCAACUACUGUUUUGAUAUUCCCUGGAUGGUCGAGCAGUAUCCACCAGAGUUCCGGGACCUGCCGGUGCUAAUCGUCCACGGGGACAAGAGGGAAGCCAAAGCUCGACUGCUGAAGCAGGCACAGCCCUUCCCACACGUGCGCUUCUGCCAGGCCAAGCUGGAUAUUGCUUUUGGUACUCACCACACGAAGAUGAUGCUGCUGUGGUACGAGGAAGGUUUCAGGGUCGUCAUAACAACGUCCAACCUCAUCAGAGCAGACUGGUACCAGAAAACACAGGGGUUGUGGCUGAGUCCUCUGUUUCCACGGUUACCAGACGGCAGUCCGUCCAGUGAUGGCGAGUCUCCCACCCUCUUUAAGAAGGACCUGCUGGAGUACCUCGCCUCAUACCGGGCACCAGAACUCGGAGAAUGGAUCCAACGCAUCAGAGAGCAUGACCUCUCCGAGACCAGGGUGUAUCUGAUUGGCUCCACUCCAGGCAGGUAUCUAGGCGACGACAUGGAUCGUUGGGGUCACCUGAGACUCAGAAAGCUUUUAUAUGAUCAUUCGAUUCCGGUUCCCGAUGAUGAAAUCUGGCCAGUGAUUGGCCAGUUCUCUAGUAUUGGAUCCAUGGGAUUGGAUAAGACCAAGUGGCUGGCAGGGGAGUUCCAGCGGACCCUCACCACACUCGGGAGGUCCUCUGUCCGCCAAGACCCCCCCAUUCACCUGGUGUACCCAUCUGUUGAUGACGUCAGGAAUAGUCUCGAGGGGAUACCAGCGGGGGGCUCCCUCCCUUACAGCAUCCAGACAGCAGAGAAGCAGCUUUGGCUCCACUCCUACUUCCACAGGUGGAAGGCUGAUACGCAGGGCGGAGUCCAGGCAAUGCCACACAUCAAGCUCUACAUGCGAGCUUCUCCAGACUUCACAAAGCUAGCCUGGUUCCUCAUCACCAGUGCUAACCUCUCUAAGGCUGCAUGGGGAAACCUGGAGAAGAACAACAGCCAGGUCAUGGUCCGUUCCUAUGAACUGGGAGUCCUCUACCUCCCUUCUGCCUUUGACAUGGCAUUCUUUCCUGUCCAGAAGAAUCCUUUUCCAGCCACCUCCUCCUCCAAGGCGUUUCCUGUGCCCAUCGAUUUGCCUCCUCAACCCUACCUUAAAACAGACCAGCCAUGGAUCUGGAACAUUCCACACAAUCAGUCUCCCGACACGCACGGAAACAUUUGGGUCCCCUCCUAAAUGGGUCCCUGGGGGCCCACACACACACACACACACACCACACACACACACAACACACACACACACACACACAACACACACACAACACACACACACACACACACACACACACACACACACACACACACACACACACACACACACACACACACACACGCGCGCACGCACACCAAGCAAGCAAUGAGACUGAGGCAAAGGUGCUACAAAAGCUAAGCGUUGUGCCAGGUUGUGUUUGUUCACUUUUCUUCCGUUUCAACUGUUUAUGUCUACCUUUUUCUCGAUGCUUCUACAAAUUAUUAUGAUGUUUUUGGUGCUUAAACUUGAUUGCAUUUGAAGAAGGCCCUGAAGGGCACAUAGUUUGGUGUAGAGACGUGUCUGUACGUAUGUCUUUUUAUCUGUGUCUUUGUCGAAAUACCUACUUCAUUUUUCAUUUUAGCUGAACGAACCAAUCAUGUGAUGUUAACGUUUUCAUGUUUCGGUCGUAAUUGUUUUGUCAUGUUAACUUAGAUUCAUACAUUUUCUAAAAAACAUUAAUAAAAUAUUUGUUAAAAA